GCGGGAGGAUGUGAGUUUGUCUGCUCAGGGCGGUGAAGUGGACUCGAACGCCAGCAGCCGAACACCUGUUUGACAGGUGUUUGCCUACAUCUGCUCGAUCAUGCUCACAGAUGUGAUUUUGGAAGAGGAGUUUGACAAGGAUGGAGAGUCUUGGUACAAAGCUCAGGACCUGGAACACGAUCUGCACUUGGCAGCGGAGCUCGGGAAAACGCUCCUGGAGCGGAACCAUGAGCUGGAGCAGGCCCUGCAGCAGAUGUACUCCACCAACCACGAGCAGCUGCAGGAGAUCGAGUAUUUGUCCAAGCAGGUGGAGCUGCUGCGUCAGAUGAACGACCAGCACGCCAAAGUUUACGAGCAACUGGACCUGGCAGCUCGUGACCUGGAGAAGGGAAACCACCGCCUGGUGCAGGACAACCGCCUGGCCCAGCAGAGGAUCCACAGUCUCACAGAGACGAUUGAAGGCCUCCAAACUCACAUGGAGGAUCUGCAGAGCCAAGUGGACGGGCUGAAAACCGCACAGGCUGAGAGGAACAAAAGAGACCUGGCAGAGCAGCGACGCAGCCUCGGAGCCCAGAGCGUUUCCUGCCUGCGAGAGCUCUAUGACCUACAUGACGACAGGCGUCUGUCUGAGGACGGUCGGCUUUGGUUGCCUUUCGGCAGGACUCGACCCCCGAGUCCGGAGGAGGAGCACGCGGCCCUGCAGAGCUCCAUCCGGUCUCUUCAGACCCAGAUCACGGCAGAGAGAAGACGCAGGGAGGCUGCGGAGCGCGAGUGCGAGCUGACGGUGAAGGAGAAUCAAGGUCUGGAGCAUCGUCUGGACCAGCUGGCCGGCUGCCGGGCCAGGCAGAAGGAGCUGGAGGAGGAGGUGGAGCAGCUGAGGCUGCUGUGGCGGGCAGACUGUGAGAACAGGAAACCUGGGCCGAUGCUGUUGCCCGACACAGUGUUCUUCACCUCCGAGGAGAGGUCAGAUCCCGACCCGAGCGCGACAGAGGAAAUGGCCGAUAGUAGAGUCCAUCGACAGAGAUGUAACAGCGAUGGCCUCCUGAGAGCCGCCAGCGACCUCCGCCGAGGUCAUGAGAGGACGUGCAUCCGGCGGGCGGAGGUGGUGAAGCAGAGGGGCAUCUCGCUGUUCACCGAGGUGGACGCCCAGUACGCCGCCCUGCAGGUGAAAUACGAGGAGCUCCUGCAGCGAUGCCAGCUGGCCUCGACGGGUCUGACCCACAAGUCCAUUCAGACUUCCUGCAUUCCGUCUACCGUCGCCCAGGCCCGACGCCGGCUCUCGGAUUCUGCCGCAUUUCCUGACGUGGCGAUGGCUCUGGAAGACGUCCAGCAGCCGGAGUACAAAGUUCUCUUCCAGGAGAUCUUCACCUGCAUCCAGAAGACCAAAGAGGAUCUGCGUGAAAACAGACGCAAAACACAGACGAAAGAUUCCAUCUGACGUCUCUUGCUUUUGUCUCUCUGCACUGCUCCUACCGUCCCUAUAACUGAAGCUCAGUCCCUGCCUCUCGUGUUACAACGCAGCGUCCAGAUGAUUUUUGUAUUUAACUCAAGUAUUAAGACUCAGUGUUUGACCUCUGACCUUGUGAGGGAGAGAAUUUCAUAAAUGCAUUUUUAUGAGUUAUGUAAAUGCAGGAAUGCUGUAAGAGGAUGAGAUGUCAAACGGUGGGUCGGUUACCUUAAACAGCUCAACAGUUUGGUUUGUGAAUGUGGAACUGAAGGUCUCUGAACAACCUGUCGGGCACAUAACUGAUCCGCACUUUGGAACAAAUAUUUAUUUUUGAUAGGCUAGAAAAGAGUAUUUAAUAUUUGUAUUUAUUGUCAGUGCAAAGUGUUACAAAACACAACUUCUUGAUUUUCAGUAAUUAAAAGGAAAACUAUGUGUCGAAUAAGACAGUCAUAACAUUGUAAUGUGCUGUGAAACUGUAUAAUAAGCAGAAAAGUCGAAUCAGGAAUUGUAUUGUGCUUGUAAUAUGUGGCUUUUCAAAUACAUGGUGCUCUAUGGACAUUGCUGCCAGUUUAUUGUAUUUGCUGCUGAUGCAGAAAGAGAAAUGUACCUGCUUGAGUAAAC